GCGCAUUUAUUGAAAUUAUUACUGCAGUAAUACUCGUACUAUGAUCAACUUAUGCAUGUGCACUAUUUGGAUUGAAAGUAUUCGUAGCAAUUAGAGUAAUGCUAGAAAUGUGAAUGUAGGCCUAAUAUGUGUAACAUUAAAAUGGACAAAACUUAAAUGGUUCAGUUUUACUGCCUUGUAAAGUUUGACAUGCAACUGAAUCUUACUUGUGAUGUUAGGAGUAAGGAAUUUUCGGCCGAGACAGUUAAUUUGCUGCUUGCUGUCAGUAGGCCUUGCGAUUAUACUUCUGAUAUCCAACUAUUUGAUAGGCGAUGUGAGCAGAUUAAAGAGAAAGAACGAUCACGAUGAUGUAUUAGUCAUAGGCAGUGAAAUAUCAGCAGUAAAAACAAAAUCCAUGCUAAUAACAGAAGGUGAAAUAGAUGUACAAGACAUAACGGUACAACUCAACAAAGAAGACGGAGCCAUGGACAGUACGAAAGAUGGUUCAGCAAGAACUACAAUGGAUAUGGAUAGAGGCAUUACUAAAUUGGAUAAUCUGACUGUGUCAGCUGUGACACAAGAACUCGGCGUUUCAAAAAGUGACGUCCUUUCAGUUGCCAGGAACAUAAGCUUAUACAAUAAGACAAUCAUGGUUACUGUAGUUAACGACGCGUUCCUACCAUUUGCGUAUAGUUGGUUAUGCAAUACGAAAGGCAUGGGAAUUCAUAAAUCUGUUCUAGUAAUUACAGGGGAUCACAAAUCGAAAGAAAACUUAACGAAGGACUGGCCGGCGAUAAAUGUGUUUGUAUCCGACAUUGGUACGCCAAAUGGAAACCAGGAAUAUAGUCAUGUGGGUUACAUAAAGAUAUUAAUUCGUCGAACAGAAAUAAUCCUGUCCUUAUUGUUAAACAAUAUAGACGUUCUACUUUUUGAGUUUGACUACACUUGGUUUGCAAACCCUCUGGUAGAAUUUCAGGCAAUGACGGAUGUUGAUAUGUUGGUGAAUCCUGUUUCAGUUACAGAAGGGAUAUUCAAUGGUGGUUUAGUGUAUUUGUUUGCGACAGAACGAACACAAUCUCUGUGGAGAAAACUGAAUGAAAUGAUGGUCGAACUUGGUGACAGAGUGAAGAAUGAACCUGAUGAUAGAUUUAUACCUGAGACAGAGAAUGACCAGCAAUUCUUGUCAAGACUGGUUAAUCAGAGAUAUGGAGAUAUCCGGAUAAAGGUACUGCCUCUGGAUAAGUACGCUGAUGGUAUGUGGUAUAAACUAACGGCGAGUGAACGGAAUAAGACACACCCGAUUCUUAUAAGUAAUAACUGGAUUAUAGGAAAUAAGAACAAGAUUGCACGAGCGAAAGAAUGGAGACACUGGUUUUUAAAGAAAACGGUAGCUGUGACGACGAACUUGUAAGAAAGACUGUUUAUAUUUAAUAUCAUAAAAGAAACAAAGAAGUAACAAGAAAAACAACAAGAAGGCCCAGCAAUGACACUGCCGUAUGUCUUCUCGAAGUUGUAGUAACAAUUGAAACAGACGUGUGUAGUCCAGUAUCGUCGCAAUAUGUAUUAGUAUGGUUAAAAUUACAUACGGAUUUUGAACAGCGAUCUUAGAAGAGAAUAAACUUAGUUUUCAAGCUUGUACAUGUAUAUGACAGAGAAAGCUCCACUUGUUAAGAUGUUUGAUCAUCACAUCCGCGCAGUCUGGUCAGGAUCCAUGUUGUUCGUUAACGGUUUCUCUAAUUGCAAUAGGUUUUGAAAGCGAACAACAUGGAUCCUGACCAGACUGUGCGCAGGCUGGUCUGGAUCCAUGCUGGUCGCAAAGCCACUAUGUUGGUUUUUUCUCAUGGCACGGCUCGUAUGUUUUUCUUAUUAUAACAUGAAUUACUUGACUGGUGUAGGAUUGGCAGAUCGAGAUAACCAUAAUACGUGGCGCGUGACUGCUAUGAAACACAUACUGUUAUGUAAUAUAUUAUAUCUUCUUAUUUGUUAACACCAAGAACACAUUUGUGAACGGACAAAACAACAACAACAUGUUUUUUUUUCAAAUUCUACUGUAUUUGUAUGAUGCAAAAUGAUUUUAUGUGUUUUAAACAUAACCACUGAACUGCAAAGUUGAACAACUGCUUUAUAAGGGUGUGUCAUUGAAGUGACAAAACAGGCAUUUUCACACAAAAAUGCUUUUAUGAUACAUUUAAUGAAUUCAUUGUCACUUCAUUUAAGAUAUAACAUGUUCCCAAUCGUGGUUUAUCGUAGAAUAUCCCGUGUUUUGAGUUCUUAUGCGUAAGAAUAUAUCACGCAGGCCGUGUUUAGAAAUUGUGGAGGGACACACGACGGACACCAAACAAUUACAAAAGCUCACUUUGAGCCUUUGGUGCUUAAAAGAUGGUAACAGUAAGCAAACAAUAUUGAAAUACGUUCUAUACUUUAUUUCUGGAAUUGUUGGAAGCAACAUGAACACUUCAACCGGAUUUAGUUAUGAGACUUGAUUCCUCGCUUUUCAGUGUCUCGUCAUGUUUUUCUAUUAUAUUUCCUUUGAUAAGGUUUAAGUAACAUAGCUGUAUCUUCCAAUGUUUUGUAUGUUUGUAACAUUUAAGCAAACUUUUGACACAUGUUACAUAAAAGAUAAAUUGGCACGGAACAUGUGGAGCAAACAACUAAU